CUCAAUCGUUAUGCAAAGAAGACUACUAUGGUCAGAUUGGUCACCCUCUCAAAUGCCACCAACCUCACAGAAAGCGUGGUAGCCAUACUCGACAACUGCAAAUCUCUCAACCAUCUCAAACAACUCCAAUCCUCUCUCAUAACUCUUGGCCAAUCCCAAGCUCAGUUCUUCGUCUUCAGACUCAUUCGUUUCUGCACCCUUCGUCUUUCCAACCUUCAAUACGCGCGUUUGAUUUUUGAUCAUGUCAAUUCCCCCAAUGUAUAUCUCUGUAGCGCAAUCAUCAACGCUUAUGCUUCUGAAUCCCACCAUGUUGAAGUUCUUACAUUGUAUAAGAACAUGGUUAACAAUGGCCGACGUAGGCCGAACCAUUUCAUUUACCCUAGUGUCCUAAAAUCAAGUUCUGAAGUGUUUGAUUCUUAUGGAACGAAAAUGGUGCAUACCCAGAUUUUUAAAACAGGUUUUGGAUCGAACCCUAUUGUUCAAACUGCUCUUGUGGAUUGUUAUACCAGGUUUUGUUCGGAUGUUGGGACUGCACGUCAACUGUUUGAUGAAAUGUGUGAGAGAAAUGUUGUUUCUUGGACGGCUAUGAUAUCUGGGUAUGCAAGAUUAGGGGAGAUGGGGAAUGCGAUUCUUCUGUUUGAUGAAAUGCCUGAAAGGGAUGUUCCUUCCUGGAAUUCUAUAAUUGCUGGGUGCAACCAGAACGGGUUGUUUCCAGAGGCGAUUUAUUACCUUAGAAGAAUGUUGGGCUCAUUCGGGUUGCAGCUUAGACCAAAUGAAGUUACUUUAGCUUGUGCUCUUUCUGCUUGUGGGCAAACGGGUAUGCUUCAGCUUGGGAGGGAAACCCAUGGAUACAUUCAUAGGAAGGGCAUUGGUUGUGAUUCGUACAUGUUGAAUGCAUUGAUUGAUAUGUAUGGGAAAUGUGGUUGUUUGAAUGAAGCAAGACGAGUUUUUGACUCUACCCUGGAUAAAAGCUUGACAUCUUGGAAUUCUAUGAUCAAUUGUUAUGCACUUCAUGGACAAAGUAGGAAUGCACUUGAUGUUUUUGAUGAAAUGAUGCAAACUGGCAACGAUGUCAAUGUGAGACCUGAUGAAAUCACUUUUAUUGGCUUGUUGAAUGCUUGUACUCAUGGAGGCCUUGUUGAGAAAGGUUAUUACUAUUUUGGGUUAAUGACUGAAUUCUAUGGUAUUGAACCUCAAAUUGAGCACUAUGGUUGUGUAGUAGAUCUUCUUGGUCGAGCAGGUAGAUUUGAAGAAGUUAUGGAUAUUAUCAGUAAAAUGAAGGUUAAAGCUGAUGAGGUUAUCUGGGGUUCCCUGCUUAAUGGGUGUAAAAUUCAUGGCAAUGCACAUUUAGCAGAGUUUGCAAUCAAAAAGUUAAUUGAGAUUGAUCCCAACAAUGGUGGAUACUUGUCAAUGUUAGCCAAUUUAUAUGUGGGGUUGACUAAAUGGGAUGAGGUUCGUGGAGUGAGGAAGAUGUUGAAGGAGAGAGAUGCACAAAAGAUCCCUGGCUGCAGCUGGAUUGAGGUUGACUGCAGAAUCCACCAGUUUCGUUCCGCUGAUAAAACACAUCCCAGAACAGAAGAGAUAUACAACAUAUUGGAAAGUCUUUUUGAUUUUAUUAACCAAGGAUUACUACUAGAUCAUGUUUGUGAUGAAAAUAUUAAUUUGACAUAUCGAUUCUGCUAAAACAAGAUUGCGACAUCUCUCUAUCGGUAAUAUUCAAAGAGGGACAAUGAGAAUAAGUGAAUUGGAUUGAGAUACCUGCAUUGUGAACCAUAUUGACCAUGAUAUGCAACUUGCUAGUGAAAGUAUUGGGCCUUUUAUCCAAUUUUUGUGGAAGUCACUUUUCAUCAGGUGUAUCAGAGGUUCCCACAAGCGUUUGAUUGCUGGUCCUCUGUAUAAUGCUAUGGUCAUCACCCCUGCUAAGGUUAUUAAAGUUCCAGUGGCUUUUGCUAAUCCACGGCGUUUUCUCAAGUUAAGAGUCUCCAGCCUGCGAAUAGUUGAGGAAAUUUCCGCAAAGGAAACUUCUGGAAUUUAAUUUCAAACGUAUAAUUCAAAUGUGCUCACUAUUGAAGAUUUGUCUACCGAAUUAUACAAACCUACAUGAUUCUGCCUACAGAAAUCUCAAGACUAUGGAGAGAUGUCAUCUUACUGCUACGCGAUUGUGUGCUGGAUGGCAAUGGGGCUGUGCGGAACGAUGAUUGUAGGCCGGGCUGGGCUUCGGGCCGAGCCCAGUGGCCAUGUGCCUAAACGGGCCUGGCCCACGCCAAACCCACUCUGCUUCGUGUCGGGCCAUGCUGGACCGGACUGAAAAGUUUAAAGCAAGCCCCAUGUCCACGGGCUGUCGGGCCUCGGGCCGGGCUGUCGUGCCUGUCUAAGUUUACUAAAUUUAGUGUGCUUGUUGUGCUGGGUCGAGUCGUGUCAUUGCCUUGUCGUGCUUUUUCAAAAAAAAAAAGUAUGGCGGUCCACGACUUUGUGCCCCUACCAGGCCAGGAUUUUUCUUGCCGGAUCGGACCUCGGGCCGGGCCACGACCAUUUUUAGUCUUGUGCCAGCACGAAGGGCAUUCUACACGGUCCUUGUGAUUUCAAAGAAAGGACUGUGGUCUAGCAUGAACUGACACGACACGUGCAUCGUGCAUUGGACUAACCCAUUAGCCACUGCUCCUGGGCCGGCGGCUAGCCUACACAACACUGAGUACGCGACUGUUGUGAGUUGUAGAUGUUAAAUAUGAACUAUGAAGUUUAUAUGGAGUCUAAAAUUUUCCUAGAAUUUGUAGUUGGGCAAUUAAGCACUAGUCUAGCAGUAGUGGGCAUUGUGAUAUUUGAUGGGACUUCCCCUCACAAAUCACAAUAUUUGUUCAUACGCUUUAUGGUUGUCAAUCUAACAUAAUUUCGUGG